AUGGAUUCGAUGGGUUCUGUAUUCGGCUUUAUUUCUCAUGAAACAAUGACCAAAAUCAACAUCCUGCAGGGAUAUCUAGAUGGCGAGAAUGGGAAAAGCUACAAAACAAUCAAUUCCAUGAUAAAAUAUGAAUUGGAGAACGAGGUGGUGAACUUUAAAUACCUACCUUCCAAUCGCGUGCCCUCAGGCUGCCGAACACUUUUGCGCAUGCACAGAGCCCUUAAAUGGCUGGAAGUCUUUCUUUACAAAGUGGGCACCAGUCCCGGGCAGGACCAGACUUCAGAAAUGUGUGCCGAUGCCUACCACAAGACCUUGUCGCAUUACCACAGUUGGUUCAUUCGGCAGAUAGCUGAAGUGGCAUUUUUGGCUCUGCCUCCUUUGGACAAGAUGUACAAAUUAGUAUGUGUCCAGGACCACAAGGAAGCCAAAGUUGUCCUCUUGACCACAGUGGAUUCCAUAGUUAAAGUCUACAACAUCACGCAAGAGCUCUAUACAAUCAAUAACAUGUUGGACCUACCAUGA